UCCAACCCUAGCGAACUCCGUUACCCAGCAGCCCCCGCGACGCCCCAACUUACAGAACUGGCUUCUUGGGUUUCGGGAGUGUUUCCCAUUUAAACAAACAGUGCCGAAGAUGGCGGAGAGUUUAAUGGUGUAAAGAAGAACUGGUAUCGAUCCCCCGGCAGAGCGACACGUCCGCAAGAAUCCAUUGACCAGCCCACAUAGGACCACACCACCCCUCCUAGAGAGAGAGAGAAAGGGGGGGGGGAUCUGAUCGUCCAUCAUCUCGGGCGCCGUCACAAGGUGCUGCUAUGUGUACACGAUGAGCGGAUUGGGGGAGAACUCCAUGGAGCCUCUGAGCUCAGAAAACCGGAAACGCAAGCUCUCCACUUGUGACACGCCCAGUCUGGGGUGUGAGAGGAAGCGACGGGAGCAGGAGAGCAAAUACAUCGAGGAGCUGGCGGAGCUGAUCUCCGCCAACCUCGGAGACAUCGACAGCUUCAACGUCAAACCCGACAAAUGUGCCAUCCUCAAAGAGACGGUGCGGCAGAUCCGCCAGAUCAAAGAGCAGGGGAAAGCUUCAUCCAACGACGACGACGUCCAGAAGUCAGACGUGUCCUCGACGGGUCAGGGGGUCAUCGACAAGGACCACCUGGGGCCCCUCCUCCUGCAGGCUCUGGACGGCUUCCUGUUCGUGGUGAACCGGGAGGGCAGCAUCGUCUUUGUGUCGGACAACGUGACGCAGUACCUGCAGUACAAACAGGAGGAGCUCAUCAACACCAGCGUGUACAAUAUUCUCCAUGAGGACGACAGGGAGGAGUUCCACAAGAACCUGCCCAAGACCAACAUAAAUGGAGCGUCGUGGGGGAGCGAGGCGGCCCGACAGAAGAGUCACACCUUCACUUGCCGGAUGCUGGUCAAGUUUGGCCACGCCCACGGUCCCAUGGAGGAGGGGCCAGGAGGGCCACACUACGAGACCAUGCAGUGUUUUGCUCUUACCCAGCCCAAAGCCAUGAUCGAGGAGGGGGAAGACCUGCAGUCAUGCAUGAUCUGUGUGGCCCGCCGGGUCACCGCCGUGGAGAGGACGGAGAGUUUCAACACCCGGCACGAGCUCUCAGGUAAACUGAUCCAGAUCGACCAGAACUCCCUGCGGGCGUCGAUGCGUCCGGGCUGGGAGGAUUUGUUGAGGCGUUGCAUUCAGAUGUUCAUUCAGCACAGCGACGGGCAGCCCUGGUCACACAAACGCCACUACCAUGAGGCCUUCCUGCAGGGUCACGCCGAGACGCCCUUGUACCGCUUCUCCCUGUCCGACGGCACUCCGGUCACGGCGCAGACCAAGAGCAAGCUGUACCGCCACCCCAUGAGCAACGAGCCGCAGGGCUUCAUCUCCACUCAUCUGCUCCAGAGGGAACCGAACGGCUACCGCUCGGCUCAGGGUGGGAGCAUGGUGCCGAACGCCACGAGACAACAAGGCAUGGGAGGCCCCAACCCGAAUGCCCAAAUGAACAUGAACACCGGUGGGGGGAUGGGCAUGGGCGCCAUGAGCAGGGGCUACGGCAUGAACGAGCAGGGCCACUUGGGUCACAUGGCCCCGAUGGGAGGCGGCUCUAUGUACAGUGGGAGCGGCGGAGGAGGCGGAGGCGGAGGCGGAGGCAACCGCAUGAUGCAGAUGAAUCAGAUGGGACCGAUGAAUCAGGUGGGCCACAUGAAUCCGAUAGGCCCCAUGAAUCACCCGGGCCAAGGCAUGCCGCAGCACCCGCAGCAGCACCCACAGCAGCACCCGCAGCAGCAGCACCCACAGCAGCAGCACCCGCAGCACCCGCAGCAGCACCCACAGCAGCACCCACAGCAGCAGCACCCACAGCAGCACCCACAGCAGCCCCCGUUUCAGAGCAGCGGAGGGUUUGGGCUGAGUGGCAUGAACAGCCCUUCAGGAAGCCCCAGAAUGGGGGGCCCCCAGCAGGGACUCCUGAUGUCACCCCGGAACCGAGGGAGCCCGAAGAUGGGCGCCAACCAGUUCUCGCCUGGAGGCAUUCACUCUCCCAUGAGUGGCAUUGUGAGCGGUGGAGGAAGUGGGGGGAGCACCACCACCUUCUCCAGCAGCUCCCUAAACGCCCUGCAAGCGAUCAGCGAAGGAGUCGGCAGCUCCCUCCCCUUGACGCUGACGUCGCCCUCGCCGGCCCACAAGACAGACAGCUCUCCCAGCGUCCACACCUCCUCCUCCUCCUCCUUCUCCUCCUCCUCCUCCUCUCAGCCCAGUCAGACGGCCAAACCGGGCCAAGAUGGCUCCAAAAGCCCGGCGGGAGGCUUGGGGCCGGGGCCCGGUGACCAUCACCACCCCGUGCACCAUCACCACCAUCAUCAGCAUCCCCAGGCUGAGAGCUCAGGAGACCGACCGGACAGCCAGGCUGCUACGGCAACAAAAGAGUCCGGCGAGGGAAGCAAUGAGGCCGGGGUGGCGAGCUCUGAAGCCCCUCGGCGGGUGCCGGACAGUAAGGGGCAUAAGAAGUUGCUGCAGUUGCUGACCUCCCCGACGGAGGAGCUGGGAACAGGUGGCAGCGGGCCAUCGGGGCCCCCCGCGCCACCCCCGGCAACCAGCAGCGGCACUCCGGCAGGCUCAGACACGAAGGACCCCGCCGGAGGCAUGACGAGCCCCUCGUCCACCGGCGUGUCCUCCUCUUCCUCAGCCGGUGCCAAUCCAGGCCAGGCCGGUGGUCCGGGGGGCGCGUCGACGCUGCUCUCGUCAGCCCACUACACGGGCUCGCUGCAGGAGAAGCACAAGAUCCUCCACAAGCUCCUUCAAAAUGGGAACACCCCAGACGAUGUAGCUAAGAUCACGGCGGAGGCGACGGGAAAGGUGACGCUCGGGGGCCAGGAGGGCGGCGAAGCCGGGGCCGGGGGAGCGGGGAGCGGGCCCGGGUCGGUCACGGAGCCCAAGCAGGAGCAGCACAGUCCCAAAAAGGAGAAGACCCACGCCCUCCUCCACUACCUCCUCAACAAGGACGAUUCCAAAGAGCUGGUGGACGUCAAGCCGAAACUGGAAGAGCUCGACGGGAAGGGAGCCGCCGGGGCCGCAGGCGGUCCGGCUCGGCCCGGCCCUGCAGCCGAACAUCCUGAGAGCAAGAUCAAGUCGGAGCCACCGGACGACCUCCACAACCUCGAAUCUAUCCUCGGAGACUUGAGGGGUUCGAGCUCUGACUUUUACCCGGAUCAGGCUGGAGGGGCUAACGACGCCGGGAGCAAACCCCAGGGUUGCCUUGACGACAGCCUGCAGGCGAGUCCAGGAAUGGGUCCGGGGCCUCGGGGGCCCUUCCAGAGGGCCGUGUCCAUGGACGGGAAGCCUCCUGUCGGGCCUGUAGGAGCGGGCCGCCGCCCCAUGCUCAUCAAGCAGGAGAACAUGAUGGGCAGCCCGGACGGAUACCCGGGAAACACGGGACCGAUGAACAGGGGGGGCAUGGUUCCCCAGAGGUCUCCCACGGGCGGUUCCGGGGACUGGGGCAUGACCCGCUCCAGCACCAGCCCAGUGGGCUCGGCGGGACACCCCUCCAUGAUGCGCCCGGGCACGGAGUCCAGCAAGGGCGCGAUGUCGGGGCCCGCGGUCGGCCGCUCCAACAGCGUGCCGGGCACCAGGUCCAUGCUGCAGCAGCAGCUCAUGGACAUAGGAGGCUCUGCUGACAUGAGCCCCUGCAGCCAGCAGGGCCAUCCCAGCCAGGCCCCCCCCUCCUGGCCGGACACGAUAAUGGGCAUGGAGGGUAACAGGCGCCAGUUUGGCAACACCCUGGAUGAUCUUUUGGUGCCCCCCACCACCAGCGAGGGUCAGAGCGACGAGCGGGCGCUUCUGGACCAGCUGGACUCUCUGCUGAACAACACGGACGGCAUCGCUCUGGAGGAGAUCGACCGAGCCCUGGGCAUCCCGGACCUCGUCAGCCAGAACCAGGGAGGUGAGCAGCAGAUGGAGCCGUUUCCAGGACAGGACCCGUCCAUGGUGCUGGACCAGAAGCCGCUCUACGGACAGGGCUACCCCGGAUCCCCCUCCAUGCCAUUGCAGUCCGGCUACGGAGGGAACCCCAUGCAGGGGCAGGCCCAGCAAGGGGGGUUUGGGCCCAUGCUGUCUCAGAUGGGCCACGGCGGCAGCUUCCCCAGUAUGGGUGGCAUGGGCGCCAUGGGUCACCCUCGCGGCAACAUGAUGAGGCCCAGGAUACUGGCCGCCAACAAACCCAUGAGGCUCCAGCUGCAACAGAGGCUGCAGGGACAGCAGUUCAUGAAUCAGACGCGGCAGGGCAUGGGCAUGAAGAUGGAGAACCCGGGAGGCAACCCUGGCAUGAGGCCCGGCAUGCAGCCCGGCAUGGGAGGACAGCCGGGCUUCCUCAACGCUCAGAUCAUGGCUCAGCGCAGCAGGGAGAUGGUCACCAUGCAGAUGAGGAGGCAGCGCAUGAUGAUGCUGAUGCAGCAGCAGCAGCAGCAGGCGGCGGCGGCCGCUGCAGCCGCCGGGGGAUUCAGUCCCCCGCCCAACGUCACGGCUCCUGGUGGCAUGGAGAACCCCACGGGGGGCCCGAACAUGGGCCAGCCGAGCCCCCAGCAGUUCGGCUAUGGCGGGAACUAUGGGAUGGCGCAGCAGGGAGACCCCUCGUUCGGCCCGUCCGGCGGCAGUCCUCCCAGCACCAUGAUGCCCGGCCGACUGGGGCCUCAGAACCCCAUGAUGCAACAGCAUCCGCAAGGCGGUCCCAUGUACCAGGGGGCAGAAAUGAAGGGCUGGUCGCAGGCAGGCAUGGGACGCAACAGUUCGUACCCUCAGCAGCAGUUCGGGCAGCAGGGACCUCCGGGGCAGCAGCAGGGGAAUCCAGGCCAGUACGGGGGCAUGAUGAUGAACGGGGGCAUGCCAGCCAGCGGAGGAGGAGGUCACAUGGGCCAAAUGGGAGGGCAGAUGGGCAUGAACCCAAUGGUGAUGGGGCGCAUGCAGAUGGGGCCUGAUCAAAAAUACUGCUAAACAUCGUGACGGAAGCAUUCGUCUCACUGUGAUCUCCAUUCAUAGAGAGGACCCGGCUGUAGCACUGACUGAGUGUGUGUGUGCGUGUGUGUGUGUCUGUCCCACCGUCACAUCGUCGAGUGUUUGCAGACGUUUUGAGCCCUUUAUGAACCCUUUCCGUAAGUCGCCAUUAGAUGCCGACUUUGCCUAAUGGAAAUUAUUUGCAAUGUGACGUUAAAUACGCAGUUACUGACGGAAGCCUGAAGACGUUAAAAAAACAGUAAACAAAGAGGACGGCACGUGGGUGUUCAGCCUGAUAAAUUUAAACAUUAAGGAUUCAUGAUGGAACAUAAAAACAUAUGAAAUAAGAGAAAUGCAACCAGAAAUUAUAUAUAUAUAUAUAUAUAUUGAUAUAUAUAUUUAUAUAUAUAUUUAUAUAUAUUUAUUUAUAUAUAUAUUUAUUUAUAUAUAAAUAUAUAAUUAUCUUUUUACGCAGAUUUAUUCAUCAAAUAUUUUAUUUUAUUAUUGAAGCUGUUUUGACAAAGAAAUUAGUAAAUAGAUUAUUUGAAAUGACGUCUCAUCUUGUGAGGAAAGAGCCUCGAGGACCUUUAAAUCAAUUUAUAAAAUAAAUAGCCACAACUGUACAUAAUACCUUUUUAUGCAGUUAUGGUCACGUGUGUAGCAGCAAAAUGCCGUCACGUUCACACUCUCACCGUCUCUCACACUCACCCAGGUGACCUCAGUGAGUCCCUGAGGGUUCAAGGGUUGAGGGUUUAGGGGGGUCACUGGGAUUGGGACUGGGCCCACGUGUAGUGCUGCACUCCCAACAGAUGGGGGAGUCAACCUCCUUUGAACUCACUGCCAGUGAUGACAGUCUGGCGACCUGAACAGACUGUCGAACACAUGUAAACACGCAGAUAAAAUCAGAAACACUGACACAUUCAACAUCCUAAAACGGUGAGAUAGACACAGCUGUGUGUGUGUGUGUGUGUGUGUGUGUGUGUGUGUGUGUGUGUGUGUGUGUGUGUGUGUGUGUGUGUGUGUGUGUGUGUGUGUGUGUGUGUGUGUGUGUGUGUGUGUGUGUGUGUGUGUGUGUCACACGCAGCCAAACAGUGAAGGCGGACAGACCCCUCCAGUGGAUCACAGACUUGAACGCGGACGAACGUGUGAAGACGCCCUCUCGUCUGUCGAAUGUACCAUGAAGCUCGUCUUCAGAUUUAAAAUGUGAGAGAUUCCUCUUCUUUUGUUUCUGAACUCCGUGGGAGUUUUUUUUUUUUAAUCAUUAUUGAUAUAUGAUUUGGAUCCUGGAGGAUUGUAAAGUAAACGCGGCUCUGUCGACGCCGAGCCAUCCCAAUGUGACACUCGGGUGAAUGUCAUGAAGCGGCAGCACAUCGUCUCCUCCUCCGGGACGCCGGCGGGCUGAAGGACGAUGGACUUACUUGUUGGCUGAUUGCACUUUAAGGAAAGGCCAACAUCAAAAGGAUUGUGGCAAUAUAGAGGCCGUUACCCAAUAAUUAAUCCAUAGCAGCUGUUUGUUUUAUUUUAUGUGUGUGUGUGUGUGUGUUCGUGUUCUCCAACUUUUCCACGCCGGGUAACAGGGGGGAGGGGCUGUUAAUUGGAAAUGGGGGAUGAUCUUUGUUCUAAAGUGGGAACCAGUAGAAAGGCAGUAAGCACAGAUUUUAUCCGACGCUCUCGUCUCCAGCGGUACUGAUUUAUAACAACAAAGAGGGAAAAAAACGUUUUUAAAGUGGUUUUAAGAAACGUUCUCUUCUAUUUAAUGUCGAGAGGCGCCGCUUAUAUUUAUACAGAUUCCUUAACGCGAUCAUUUUUAUCAUUCCAGAGGUUCAUUCAUUUUUUUUUUCCGAUAUUUUUGGGGUUACCUCGCAAACCGAUCCGCAGUGUUACGACAAGUGCAGGAAUAGAAUGGAUUGCCAAUUGUGAAGUUGUGUCGGUUUCCUUGAGCUCCCACUGUAAGAGAAAGUGGAUGUUAGAUUUCUAGCAAUAAUCGUUCCUCCUGGUUUUUCCGGCGAGGACAAAAAGCUGAAGUAUGAUUCAGUGGAAUCGAGGGCACUGCAGUAUUAAACGUUAUGCCUCCUCUUUCUUCUUUUGUUUGUGAAUAUGAAUUGUAAAUACGCUUCAAAUGUACUAUAUAUAAAUAUAUAUAUGCUUUUGUAGGUCACAUACUGUUUUUGCACAGAUUGUAAGGCUUGAUAUUUAAACGUGUCAUUUUUCUUAAUCCGUCAUAGGUCAGCUUUUAUUUUCAAUACUUUAACCAUCGGUUGGAAAGGAAGGGGCCUCCUUUUUGUACUCAGUAGAUUUUCUUUCAAACUGUAGCUUUCUUCCCUUAGAAAGCAACCUUUAUUUUAUUUUUUUCGAGGACAUAGUCUUAGCUUAAGAGGUGCUAGUGCGUAAUUCUCCUUUUUUCUUCUUCUUCCCUUUCUAAAUAAAUUAUUUCUUCUUUUGACAAAAAAAAGAAAAGAGAAAAACCUUGCGUGAUACGCCCUCGACAAAAAAAAAGAAAGAGUGGACACAUGAUUGUGUUAUGGGCUCCUAGGGGCCCAGAUGUCUUGCCAGUAUAUGUGGGGGUUGAUGUUUUCUGAAGCGGACCUCAUGCUUCCAUGUGCGACUUGUACGUUUCACUGAGAUUUCUGCGCUUUAAAAAAAAAACAUUUUUGCAGAUGCCAUCGCUUUUUUUUUUUGGGCCUCGGGUGCCUUUUAAAAAAUCCAUAAAUCCUUCUUUUUUUUUGCUUCGUUCACAGACGGUUUAAUCCUGACGGAAACAACACAUGAAGUAGUUUGAAUCCCUGAUUACCUGUCAACUUAUCGACAGGUGACUUCUCUUCUUUUAUUUUUUCGACAUUCAAGUUUGCCUUUAUUUUCAUUGUAUUUCCUGUGAAGCUUUUGUUGAGAAAUCAACUUUUUUUUUUUUUUUAACACACGCUCAAUCCAAAGAUUUUUGUUUGUCACAUUCUGCAGUGCUUAGAAACAUGUUCCUGACGUAGAUCGUGCGAGUACUCGCGUGUGCUUUUUACUGUCGCACAUAACCUAUAAUAUACAUUGAACUAAAUAUGUUUGAUCGCAUAUAUUAUAUCCCUAUCCGUCUGACAUAGAGUAGAGACGAGUCUGGUUCUGCUGAGGUGGUUUGAGUUUUCGUUGGUGAUCGUUUCUUCUCUGUAGAACUUAGAGCCGGUCGAAUUGUGGUGCUGCAAACGGUGAAGUCACCGCAGAAUGUGGAGAAGCGACAGAAGAGGUUUCAUCGUUACGGCUCGGAAGGAUAGCCUGGAGUCGUCGUUGUUUUUGUUGUUUUGUUUUUUUGUUUUACCCCAGUGUCAAUGAAGAAUAUGAAAUCUACAAAUGUCAAAAAAAUCUCUCUAUAUAUAUGUGUCUGUGUUUUUUGCUUUAAAAGAAUGAAACUCCUCUCGGUGCAUCUUUUCUGGAGCUAAAGAAAAGAGAAAGCGCAUCUGGGAAACAUACAGUCAUUAUUACAGGAUGUAAAAUACUAUUGCAUUUUUUUCUUACCUUGUUUUCUUGAUGUUAAUAUCGAUGUAAAUACAAAUUUAUAUUUAAACAUU